UACAGUUGUAUUCUCUCAGUAAAAAAAAAGUCAUCUCUCCUUCCUCUUCCUCUGCUUCUCCUUUCAACAAACAACAACAAUGAUUCUAAGAUUUAAUAAUAACAACAACAAUUUCUGUCACCUUAAUAACCAUUAUCAUCAUCAUCAUCAAAAACAUCAUUUCUAUAACCAUCGACCAUCUAUCUUUUCUCCCCCAAAUUAUUCUUUAUCUCCAGGUAAAACCUAUCCAUAUAUAUCUACUACGUAUUUGGGUAAUAAUGGUAGUUUUUCAAGAAUGAAACUUCAUAUGAGUGUAUCUUCUGGUGAACUCCCUGACAGAGUUGACGACUCUGAUGGUCAACUCUCACAUUUCCCCCCUCCUAUUAUUAAGAUACAUGAAAACAAGGCGUCAUUCGUGGAUGUAUUAAAGAAAGCCAACACGAUAUUGCCUCAAGUAGUUCUUGCUACUACGAUAUUGGCUCUUGUAUAUCCACCAUCUUUCACAUGGUUUACUAGCAGCUAUUAUGCCCCGGCUUUAGGCUUCUUGAUGUUUGCAGUUGGCCUUAAUUCGAGUGAAAAAGAUUUUGUUGAAGCGUUCAAUAGACCAGCUCCUAUUUUUGCUGGUUAUGUUGGUCAGUUUGCUAUUAAACCGCUUCUCGGUUAUCUCUUUGGCACGAUGGCCAUGACUAUGUUCGGCCUUCCAACUUCUUUAGGUGCUGGGAUCAUGCUAACUGCCUGUGUUAGUGGUGCCCAACUCUCAAAUUACGCCACUUUUCUAACGGACCCCACAAUGGCCCCAUUAAGCAUAGUUAUGACCUCAUUGUCUACUGCUACUGCUGUUUUUGUGACCCCACUCUUGUCGCUAUUGCUCAUCGGAAAGAGGUUGCCUGUUGAUGUAAAAGGAAUGAUUUCCAAUAUCUUGCAGAUUGUAGUUUCACCUGUUGCUGCAGGCCUGCUUCUUAACCGGUUUUUGCCAAGAAUUUCAAGUGCUAUUCGACCCUUUUUGCCUCCAUUAUCAGUUUUAGUGACUUCUCUAUGUGUUGGGGCUCCUCUUGCUAUUAACAUAAACUCUGUUUUAUCGCCUUUUGGCAUAUCCGUGGUGUUACUUGUUAUUGGGCUUCAUUUAUCAGCGUUUGUCCUUGGAUAUGCAUUUACAGGCAUUGCAUUCCACAAUGCGCCAGAUGUUAAACCUCUUCAAAGAACACUAUCUUAUGAAACAGGUAUGCAGAGUAGUCUACUGGCCCUUGCUCUGGCAAAUAAGUUCUUUCAAGAUCCACUUGUGGGUGUACCUCCAGCCAUAUCAGUGGUAAUCAUGUCACUUAUGGGGUUUUCUCUUGUCAUGAUUUGGGCCAAGAAGAAAGCAUGAGCCGCUCAUGAGUUAACUUCCUAUCAGUCGAUAUGCCAUUUACUUUUUGUAUUCUAUGGAAAUCAGUUCAUGAGUGAUCGAUUUUUUCUCUAGAUUUUGCUCAUCUUUUGUACAAAACAGUUCAAAACUCAAGAUUUUAUUGAGGAACAGUACCUGAGAAUUUCAUUGUAAUUGAAAAAGGUAUAGCAAUCUCCUUGUUUGGUAUGAAAAA